GCGGUUAGAUUAUCCCGAUCGCACCUUCUGCUGCCAGUAUUUCAAUUGUAGUUGUUAGUGGUAAGUUGUUAUUUACUGAAGAUACCAUAGCCUUUCGAAGUAGAAGGCGUUCGGAAUCAGUGUGGGGAAUGCUCCCGGGGAAGUAUGGAGGUCGAACCAUCCAGACAAGGGGAGAGAGAUGGAAGGGCGCAAGUCCCUGGGGACUACCGAUUGGAGGAAGAUAGGGUGAGGGAAAUGAUUAGGGCGUGCUUCGAGGAAGGAAUACUUCCUACGAACAUCGACCCUGGGGAGAUGGAAGUUAGUGGGAGGGAGGUAAAGUUUACGCUCAACUCCUCCCUUGAUGAAAUCAAGAUAAAGUGGCUCAAGGAAAGAAUGGUCACGGUAAUCUUUCGUGAUGGUGCUAGAUUUCUGCCAAAGAAAGUGAAGGAGGAUGUUAUUAGAGCGUAUGAGGACGUUUGGAUCAGGGACGAGGUGUUUGGGGAGGAGUUCAAACGAGGAAGGAUUAAAAUAGAAAGUCCCAACGUCGUUUCAUACAUUCCAAGAGCGCAGGACAUUACGGACUGGAUGCUGCAGAAGAAGUCAGACUUCAUCGACUUAGCAGGGACAACGUACCGCACCGAAUUCAAGCCCUGGCUGACCAGUGCGGAGAUUCGAGAUUGGAGGCAGCUGCUUGACCAGAAUGCAUUUUGGGUUGUGGCGGUAGGCAUCCCACUGGAUGAGAUGCGGUUUAUUCACGUCCACGUGGAGAAAGCGAUUGGCAAGGUUCUCAAGCAACACAAACCGGAGUCGGAUGACACCGACCCUAAACUAGUUAACCUGCGUUUCGACAUCAACCCUGCAUGCAAGGACAACAUGAAGGACAAGUUUUCUAUCCAAACUUGUCAAGGUGAUGUCCUGGAAGUGAGGCUAGCUGGCCCGGACUCUGAUUGGUGCAAACGUUGCCGCUCCUUUUUCCACACCGAGUCGACGUGUCGUCGUCCGGGUCGAAGAGGGCAAGGGGCCACCAACCUUAACCAGCCUCAAGUCUCAACGUCUGAUUCUCGUCAACCAAGACCAAGUUAUAAUGGCGAUCUACGUGCUCCGGGUGCUGCUACCCAGCAAGCCGGUCAGCCUUCAGGAGAUCCUUUAAACGUUCCAGUUUCUUCGGCCGUCAGGACUAACCCAAUGUUUUCUCCAGCCGGUGUACAGGGACAGCACAUGGCGGAGGCUCGGCAGUUUCAAGGCUUGACGCAGGGUAACGUAUCGGCCUUGGAUACUUCUUGGGCCGAUUACUUCAGAAGUCUACCGCCGCAUCCGUACAUGGUGCCUCAAGCUGGAGCCGGGACGGGUAGUUACCAGGUGGGGUUGAGCCCAUCUAUGGCUAACCUGCAUGCAUUUACACCGUGGUCAUCAGCGGGAAUGCCCCAGGGCGGCCUACAUGGCAACAGAGAUGGUAUGUUGAUGCAGGUCCCGAGCAACGUGUCCUUUGGGGCAGCUCCUUCAGGUUCGGGAGGCGGCCGCUUACGGGGCGAAUUGCCUGGGAAAGAAAGAAGGAUUAGUGAUGGAGGAGUGGAGAUUCAAGUUGACCUCCAAGCCGAAGGAUCCGAUAGUUCUACCGGAUCACAAGCCACGCCCUCGGCAGUAGGUCAACUGGAACAGUUGGAGGCGGAUGGUCUCCGACUGUUCCCGCUGUCCUGGUUGUAUGAAGGGAGGAAACCUGAACUGCGUCGCAUAAGGGUCUCCCCGUCGGUGUCGGCAGAAUUCCUGUCCGAUAUCAACAUGAAGUUGGGAAGAGACAAGAAACUGGACUCACCUUUCAUGAAACGUGUCCUGACAGAAGAGUGGGCACCGUUGGUUCCGCUAGACGCCUCCGAGAUCCAAGCUACUGGAACAGUCGCCCCGGAUGGGCAGGCUUAAACUAGCCACGUGGAAUGUCAGGGGGCUAGGGGAUACGUCAGGCAGGAAUAAGAAAGGCAGGCUGAAGAGUUGGAUGCACGAGCGUAGAAUCGA